UCCUGAUUCCACUUCUGACUUUCAUACCAGUCCUUCGUCCCAGCGGCCAAGGAAGUGUAACAUUCCUAAGGCAAUUUGGAGAUGAAAAGAAGUCAGACAGACACGCAGACACGACGACCAGCGAACAGGAGCAAAAGUUCGCCUUCGCGGGAACGAGCAAACCACAGGAGUCGUACACGGGCCCCAGAUUUCACGAGAACACGGACGCGCUCCUCAGACAGGUCGAGAGCGACGUCUACCACACCAGGCAGUUCGUUUUAGCGCAGCUCCGACGAUUGCAGACUCAAGCAGCAAGCGAAAAUAGGGAAAACUUCGCCAAUGUUAUCGAGGAUGUUAAACAUUAUUUCAGCGUGACGCAAUCCGACCUCUGGAGGUUUCGCAAAGAGUCCGGUCUUCACGCUUGGCAGAAGAGUGAGGCGGAGAAACUUACCAGUCUGGUGCAAAAUCGGAUCCACGCGUUGCAGAAUCCCGCGGAUUGUAAAUCUGCCAAGAAACUCGUUUGCAAUCUGCCUGUCCCACCGAAGGGCCGAGGAAUAGGCAGUCAGCUUCACCAUUUUUGCUACUGCUUCCUUGCUGCAUACGGGACACAGAGAACGCUCAUCGUUAAUGAAAGGAAAUCGAAAAUGGAGUUUAGCACGGGUACCUACUUUCUCCCCCUAAGUGAAAACUGCACAUACACUAAUAUGAGUGCUACGUGGCCAGGCAUAAGCUCCUCCUCCUCCCCUGUGGUGCAAUUUCCCGACUCCGACAAACCCAAACCACGGCCGAAUUACUUCCCACGGUCAUUGCCUCGGGACUUCGGCCAGCGCCUCGUCAAGGUCCACGGCGACCCCUUCGCCUGGUGGAUGGGGCAGUUCUUCAAGUACGCCAUGAGGAUGACCGAAGGAUUCCAGGAGUACGUCGAGAAGCUAGGGGCUCGUCUAGGCUUCGAGAGUCCUAUUGUGGGAAUACAAGUCAGAAGAACAGACAAGCUGCUUCUCGACUCAAGAUUCAUAGAACUGGAAGAAUACAUGGAGAUCGUGGACGAUUUUUUCGACGACCUGGAGGUUCGAGGGACGAAUGUGACGACUCGUAGGAUCUACUUGGCCACAGACGACCCGGAUGUCCUCCAGGAAGCGAAGAAGAAAUUCCCCAACUAUAAGUUUGUAUUCAACGAAGACAGCGUAGCGUCAGCCAGCUUGGGACGAAGGGGGAGCGUGGACAACAUGAAGUACCUCAUGGCCGACAUCCUUUUCCUCUCUCGUUCCGACUUCCUCGUCUGUGGCAUGUCGUCCAAUAUAUGCAGGCUGGCGUACGAGCUCAUGCAGACCCUCCACUCGGACGCCACGCGGAAGUUGGUCUCCUUGGAUUUACCUUUCUGUAUCCACGGCCAGACCGCCCAGGAGGUCGAGGCGAGGUUCCCCCACACGCCUCGUAGCGGCAGAGAGAUCGCGCUCCAGAAGGGCGAUCGCGUGGUGAGAUCUGUGCAUUACUACAGCAGGCAUCGCAAUUAUCACGACGGUUUCUGGCACGGAACCAAUCUGAGAACGGGAAAGUCCGGCUUCUACCCAAUUUACAAGACGUUUGAAGUCCACUCGCUCGCUGACACGCUACCCUUCGACUGGAUUGACAGGAGGGAAGAGCAGUUAGGGUUAGAUUUGCGAAAGAACUUUAAGUAACAGUUACCUGGUUUAUCUUGAAAAAAA